GUGGACUGCGUUUUUGGUUCGGUUCUCCAUGAAUGACGUUGAGCAGAGCGGGUGAUGCCUUCCGGCUGCGGCAGCACAGUUUUCAUUGCAGGAAAAGGGAGCCGUUGGUCGAGCCGCUGGGAGCCGUACCACGCCGGCACCGGUGGCAGGCGAUCCCAGUGUGGCCGGGGCAUCGGUAGGCCUCACUCCCAGGUCAAGGGACAUUCAACAAAUCAGCAGGUCAUGUCGUUCGUGUCUGUGACGAGUUCGUGACUGUCCUCGAGGCUGGUGUGAGAGAACUGACCCGCCCCACCCCAUCCAACCUACUCCAUCUACUACCUUUAUAUCCAUUGCACCCCGUCCCUUCCACCUUUGCUCCUUCUGGGAAUCGAUGGGAAUCGGAAAAAAUACAACCACCAAGGGCAGCAUGGAGACCGGCAGCACAUCUGACAGCAAGUACGAGGAUGAGAAGCACUCGGCUGCGUUCUUCCCAGUACCGGUGGUGAUUAAUGGAACUGUUCCAGCCAGCAGUGAGCAGGACACGGAGGUCACUGAGCUGAUGGCGGUGUAUGGGAAAGAUAACAACUUGGCAGAGAAGCAUUCCUUGACUGAUGUCUCUAACAGCAGUGCUGCUCUGGAUGCCCAGAGGAUGGACAUGAUAUACACCAUUGAAGAUGUUCCACCCUGGUACCUCUGCGUGUUCCUGGGUCUGCAGCACUACCUGACCUGCUUCAGUGGCACCAUCGCCGUACCCUUCCUGCUGGUGGACGCUAUGUGUGUGGGCUUUGACCAGUGGGCUACCAGCCAACUGAUUGGGACCAUCUUCUUCUGUGUGGGUUUGACCACCCUGUUGCAAAGCACGCUGGGAUGCAGACUUCCCUUGUUCCAGGCCAGUGCCUUUGCCUUCCUGGCUCCUGCCCGAGCAAUCCUGUCCUUGGAUAAAUGGAAAUGCAACAAUACAGGUAUAACCUUCACAAAUAGUUCUGAAGUGGUGGACACAUCUCAUAUUUGGCAUCCAAGGAUACGAGAGAUCCAGGGAGCCAUCAUUAUGUCUUCCCUCAUCGAGGUGCUGAUUGGUUUCCUAGGACUGCCGGGCGUGCUUCUGAGCUACAUUGGGCCACUCACUAUUACCCCAACAGUGGCUCUGAUUGGCCUGUCUGGUUACCAGGCAGCAGGAGAGCGAGCCGGGAAGCACUGGGGUAUUGCAAUGCUGACAAUAUUCUUGGUGCUGUUUUUCUCACAAUAUGCACGGAACGUCAAGCUGCCUCUUCCGAUUUAUAAGUACAAGAAGGGAUGGACAGCAUACAAGCUACAGCUAUUCAAAAUGUUCCCGAUUAUUUUGGCCAUCCUAGUGUCGUGGCUUCUGUGCUUCAUCUUCACGGUGACUGAUGUCUUCCCACCGGACAGCAACCAGUAUGGCUACUAUGCACGCACCGAUGCAAGGAAAGGAGUUCUCUCUGUGGCGCCGUGGUUCAAAGUUCCUUACCCCUGUCAGUGGGGUGUCCCGACCGUCUCAGCAGCUGGAGUGAUAGGGAUGCUGAGUGCAGUGGUUGCCAGUAUCAUUGAGUCCAUCGGUGAUUACUACGCCUGUGCCAGGCUGUCCUGUGCUCCUCCCCCACCGGUUCAUGCAAUCAACAGGGGCAUCAUGAUUGAAGGUUUAUCCUGUGUACUGGAUGGGCUGUUUGGCACUGGAAAUGGUUCCACGUCCUCCAGCCCCAACAUCGGAGUGCUGGGAAUCACAAAGGUGGGAAGCCGGAGGGUGAUACAGUACGGGGCUGUGAUGAUGCUUCUGCUGGGGACCGUCGGAAAGUUCAGCGCACUCUUUGCCUCGCUCCCGGACCCAGUCCUCGGAGCACUCUUCUGCACUUUGUUUGGGAUGAUUACAGCUGUGGGACUGUCCAACCUUCAGUUUGUUGACCUCAACUCCUCUCGCAACCUCUUUGUCCUUGGAUUCUCCAUCUUUUUUGGUCUCGUGUUGCCUAGCUACUUGAAGCAGAAUCCCCUGGUAACAGGUAUCGCUGAAAUUGAUCAAGUCCUGAACGUGUUGCUGACUACUGCCAUGUUUGUGGGCGGCUGUGUUGCAUUCAUCCUGGAUAACACCAUCCCAGGAACCACUGAGGAGAGGGGUCUUCGCAAGUGGAAGAUUGGAGUGUCUGGGGCCAAGUGCUUGGACAGCAGAGACACCUACAACUUGCCCUUUGGCAUGAAAUAUCUCAAGAAAUACAGACUGUUCAGCUACCUGCCCAUCAGCCCAACCUUCACUGGGUACCUGUGGGACCAGUGCAGGGAGAAGGAGAGCUGUCGGAGGCGAGAUGAGGAUCCAGAGUCAACGGUAUAGCAUAUAGAGAGCCGCACUGUCAUCUGUAGCUGUAGGAGCUCUUCCUGUCUGUUGUUUAUGUGUCCCCAACAAAGAGGACUGGUGCGUGGUGUCACGCUACCUCCCUUCCACUCCCUCCUCAACCAUCCACUUUAUACACACACUCUCUCACACACACACACACACACCUGAGAAACAAAAAAAAGCAUUUUUGAGGUUUUGAUUGGGAUGGGAGCAGAGUUUUUACCUGUUUUCAGUUUGAUAUCUUUGUCAGGAGUCGUCACAAAUCUGCUCUUCAUCCGAGUCAUUCUUGUCUGUGCUACCAAAGCCGUUUUGGGGAGUGUGUUGGGAAGCUGCUUGGACGCUGUGACCCGUUUUCCUUCUGUUGAGCAGAGGGUUGGGGCACUUAAUCAGGCGGGAUGUGUUGCAAGGCGUACAUGCUCAUUGGAUGUAGCAAAGUGACACAUUAAUAUGAGAAAACCUCAUGGAUAACUGUAGGCCAUUCAGCCCAACAGGUCUGUUCAGACAGCCUGGAACUUCACCUCACUAUUAACCCACCUCUCAACCUGCAAAUAAAUGCUGGCACUGCUAGGAAAGUGACAGGGUGAGGUUGCAGAGAAACUGAACGGCAUCAAUAUUGGUGGGGCCAGUGGCGAUAUGUGAUGGGCCUUGUCUGAGGAAAUAUAACAAAGGGUGAAUGCAGAAGGUGGUGGUUGAGGACAUGGUUUUGUAUCUGUUAGUUAGAAAACACUGGAAGGCAACACUGCAAAUACUGGAAAUAUAAAACAGAAUCACAGAAGUGCUGGCUACUUCAAGCGAACUGGAAGGGCUGGUUAUCUGAAAUUGUUGCAUCCACUGUGAAGUCCAAAGAUCCACCGUAUACUGUCAGGGUAGGGAAUCUGCAAUAGUGGUCUGAUCAUCACUGAGCAACUUAUUCAGCUUCUCACUCAUUGUGCUGUCAUGGACAUUUUCUGUGCUCUGCCCACCCCUCGGUGUUACUCUGGUUAUUUUUCCACAGGUGCCAUCUGGUAUAUUGACUAUUUUCAGUACUUUAUAUUGUUUCAGGUUGGCAGAAUCUGCCUUUAUUUCUUCAUUUUGAAACCCCUGAACAUUCAGCUUACUUAUUUAGAGACAGAGCGUGGAAUAGACCCUUCCGGUUUUUUGAGCUGUGAUACCCAACAACCCUGCCCCCCACCACCCUGAAUUAACCCUAGCCUCACCACAGGACAGUUUACAAUGAUCAAUUAACCUACUAACUGCUACAUCUUUGGAUUGUGGGAGGAAACUGGAGCACCCGGAGAAACCCCCCACAUUCCAUUGGGAGGAUUUACAGGUAAUACAGAGGACUUUGGAAUUAAUCUCUGAAUUUCAACACCGUGAACUUUAAUAGUGUUGCACUAACUGCUACACUAUCAUGGCAGUUUUAAGAUUUUAUCUACUCUCCACCUCCCCCUCUGAGAAAAAAGGUAUAUCUGGAUUUUUCUGUGGAUCUGUCUUUUAUUAAUUCAUGUGUUUGCCUUGAUCAGAAUUCAUCCACAUGAAUCUUGAUUGACCUCAGUGAGGUCCUUGUUCAGUCAUCACUACAGUCUGUUUUAAGCUUUGUCUCAUCGUUCCUCGGAGCUUAAAUGCUUUCCAUCGUUCUGGCUGCUUUCCUCUGCACCCCCUCGCCAGUGGUAUGAAUGAGUGCUGAGUCAGUCAGAAGUGAGACUGUGGGCAUUGGGUCUGCUGUCGGUUUGCCUCACCCAUCACAACUUCAUGCUGAAUAUGCUCAUCCGCCUGCACUCUAAUCCAUUCAGCUCUCUCUGCAGAGCAUUUAACUUCCUUCUCGUGCUUCACAUUGGCUGUUGUCAGUUUUCGGUUGAUAAUCAUUUGAAUCACAAUGGAGUGGAGGGGCAGAGGGGGAAAGCAGAACAAUAGGAGUGUUUACGCCUAUGUUAGAUCACCCAUGAUCUUAUUGAUAGGCACAUCAGGCUCUGGGCCUAGUGGCUUGAUCCUGCUGAUGUUGACUCACCCUCCAGGCGUACAUGUAAUACCUUUACUGCUUUUUCUAUGCCAUUCUAGCAUCCCUAGGAAGCUGGGUAAGAUUCCAGAAGGUGGGGAAUCACUGUGGCAAGGCUGCUGCACUGCUACGUUUAUUCGCCUCGUGUCCUUUCUCAUCUCUUUUACCAGAAUCUUGCCUGUCACCAGUUAGCCAUUGGGCAGGGUCUCUUGGACCAGCUGAUUUGCGGCAGACUGAAAACAUCUCCCAAGUUCUGCCCUUUGGGACCUCCCUUCUUAAUGCCUUGUUGGCUGAGAGAUUUGGAGAGCGAGGCCGAUACUUAUCAAGAUGGACAUGACAGAGUGAUGUUUGGAGAGGGCUGUUCUCCAUGUAAAGUUAAUCUUCAGAAAAUGACAUAAGUGGUGUCGGAAGAGAGAGAGAGAGUGAGACACACACACACACACACACACACACACACACACACACACACACACACACAGACACACACACACACACACCUGCACAGAUGUUGGAGCUUUAGCCCUGAUGCAAACUGUGAUACAGUAGGACUUGGACUUGCACAACAUGCAAUUUGGAGAUUGUUGUGCAGCUCUGAAGACUCAUUGCAGCCCUAUGUGGGGGUGCUUUGGAGUGUCUUAACACUAGUGCUUAUUAUCCAUAUGUACUUUUGAAAUACAUGCCUUCUUAGCCACCUGACAUAGAUUUUCAAUGCUGUGGAAUGCUCCCUUCAAGGAACGUUCCCAAGUAUUAUUGAGCCUCAGAGGCAUCGUUGAUUAGGGAGCACUGAUUACUCCAUUGGAUUGCAGGAAAACAAAAGGCAUCUGAAGCCACCACUUUGUCCAGUGACCUGCCAUACCCUGACUCGGAUUGAUUAGGAUUCAGCACGGUGUGAUGCCUUCUGCUGUGGGAGGACUCCGCUAGGAGGAAUCUCACAUGAAGUCCCUCUGAGAAGCAAACCAGUGCCCACAGUUAUGAAAUGAAAAUAUUCACAAAAGUAAGGGUUUCAUCCCUGUAACACGUAUCUCACCUUUGGGAGUGUUUGGUCAGAGGCUGUAUACUGUGGCGACUGUUGUAGUGUAGGAGCCAGGGGAGUGAUUAUUGAUUGGUCAACACAGAUAACACUUGCAGAGAAUUCACUACAAGGGGACCCAGUGCAUCUGUGGGUCAGGGAUUGAAACGUUUCAGAGGAUAGGUGGGACAGUUUGUGACCCGGUAACAAGCAGGUUGGAUCAGUGUCCCCAGUGAUGGGUGUGGAGGAAAUUCCCAAAGGUUCAUUGCUGCACCACUCAGUGUUUCAGGGGUGGGCUGACCCUGGAUGCUGGAACUCAGUUUCAGGUUGCUUUACCAUCUAGACUGUAGCUUCACACAGUUAGUCCAGGCUUUCGUUAAGUAUGUAAAUAAUAUAUGUCUAUAAAUAUAUAUAUAUAUAUAUAUAUAAACCUGUGGGUAUUUUUUUUAACUUUUCAGUUAAUGUUACCAUGCUGCUAGGGGAAAUGUGGGUUGGGGUUAUUGGGGUAUUUCAUGCUCUGAUAUUGGUUUGGUUUGUGUAAAUUGAGAGCAUUUCACUGGCAGCAAGUGUAUGCUGUAUUCCAGUUGAGUUUGUUCCUGCUGGCAAGCGUUGGUCAGGGGACAGCAUGGGACUUACAACAUUAAAGUUACACAACAGGCCUAUGCUACCAGAACUUCAAUAAAGAACCAUUGAUUGUUCUGCAUUAUUCCCUGGCCGUACCUUUCCCGGCCUACCAUGGUCCUGUGUAGCCUCUGAAGCUGACAUCUUCGAGGGCAUAAAGAAGAAUAAAGUGUUUCCCUGGGGAGAUGGGUCCUCAUUGAGUGGCUGACAGCGUGCAUCAGUUUUGAGACAAUGCUGUCAUGUGUUCUGUUCUACAGUUAAAUGUAUUAGGGAGGCACAAUCCCAGCAACAUGCUAUUGAAUUUUGACCCAAGGCUGAGCAAAGGCCUUUCCCAGCCUCACAAUAUCACACUUGCACCAAUUCCACUCAACCCAGCUGAGGUCAGUAUUUGUGUGCCCAGCUAGCAGAAGCAAUUCUUAAGUUGUUUGGUGAUUUGUUUAAUAUCUUCUUGGGGUUCCUUCCUUUGUGACCAUUGCUGUGGUUUGCUUAGGCAAGGUCACAGUGUGGCCCUGGGGUUCCCACUUUGCGACUGGAUCGCAAGGUGGCGGUGGAGUGCAGGCACUGAGCUGAGGCCUGGCACUGGGUGUGGAAGCAUUCGAGUCAGCAUUCGGUCAUUCAUGGGAAACAAAACCUGGCCCGGGGGUGGGGGGGGGAGUUGUGUUAAACAGGCCCAAGUAUCCUUGGCCUGUUUGUGGACAGUAUUUUGUUUUAAUGCUCCACUCACCGCUCAUCGUUCUGUCUAAUCCACGCUUCUCAAGCAUUGCUUGAGAGUAAAGAAAGAAAGGCAGGCAUAAAAUGGUACCCUUCCCCUGUCCUGUUUGCUACCCACUGGCAGGAAAGCUGUCAGUUUCAGGCACCCACUUUUGCAGUGUUUAGUUUCAAUCCAGGUGGAUAUAGUCGCGCCUUGUGUUGUCUCAAAAGCUGCAAGGGUUGGUUAAAGAUUGCUCUGGUGCUGCCUGUCUGCUAACAAGAUAAUUUGUGCUUUUGUUUUGUAACCCUGUGCAAUAUCAGCACAUAGAAAUGCAGAUAAAUUUCAGGUGUAUUUUUCUAAUGUUGCGUCAUGAAUAUGUGUCAAAUCUAUUUAAAUACCUGUGAUCUCUUUGCAAGAAUUUCACAGGCUAUUGUAACAUCGUAUCUGUUGAUCUCAUUCCAAGUUGGUUCAAUAAUUAAAAGAAGAACUUA